AUGAGUGAAACAGUGACUGGACAGGGGACAGUGACAAUGUUCCCUCAGGUCAAAGGCAGCGUGGGGCAGGUCAAAGAUGACCAGGAGGCUGUGCUUUGCUUCUACAAAACUGCCAAGGAUUGUGUCAUGAUGUUCACCUAUGCGGAGCUGCCCAAUGGGAGGUCCAACCUGACAGUCCUCAGGGAGCCAGAGUGUGGAGCCGCCCCCAAUGCCAUGACCAUCCUGCUGGCUGUGGUUGGCAGCAUCCUGCUGAUUGGAAUUGCACUCCUGGCCAUCUGGAAGCUGCUUGUCACCAUCCAUGACCGCAGAGAAUUUGCAAAGUUCCAGAGUGAACGCUCUAGGGCCCGCUACGAAAUGGCUUCCAACCCCCUCUACAGAAAGCCCAUCUCCACACACACCGUGGAUUUCACCUUUAACAAGUUCAACAAAUCCUACAAUGGCACAGUGGACUGAUGGCUUCUGCUUCAGUAGCACUGGAGGGGGCUAAGAACAAAGUCAUGAAAUGCCUUGGACAGCUCUAUUGAUUAUGGCUCCCUAGAUAGGCAAGUACUGAGAAGCCCUCCUGGUGAACUUGGAUGAGGAGCCUGCUGCCCAGACCGGAGUACCUAGCCAUGCCACCUGGCUGCGGGGGCCAGAGCCACGUGAGGCUGCCUCUCUCCAAGCCUGGGAAAAGCAAGGGGACCUUGGUGCGCUUGGCUCUCCCUACCACCUCCAGCUUGUUGGUUCUGAACUGCUGAGAGCAGGGCUGCCUCCUCCUUCUGGCCUGACCAGACAGAAGGCUAUUGAGAAGGGUCAGAGUGUGUAAAACCCACGUGC